GGAACCUCACUUCUUUGGAGGUUUUAGAGAUAUGGAGUUGUAGAAGAUUAAAUUCUCUGCCAAUGAAUGGGUUGUGUGGCUUAUCUUCUCUUCGUCACUUAUCGAUUCAUUAUUGUAAUCAAUUUGCUUCUUUAUCCGAGGGAGUGCAACAUCUGACGGCACUUGAGGAUUUGAAUCUUAGUCACUGUCCAGAGCUGAAUUCACUGCCAGAGAGUAUCCAACAUCUCAGUUUUCUCCGAUCUCUAAGCAUACAGUAUUGCACGGGAUUAACUUCUUUACCAGAUCAGAUUGGAUAUCUCACGUCCCUUUCAAGCUUGAAUAUUCGGGGUUGCUCUAAUUUGGUGUCUUUUCCAGAUGGGGUGCAGACUCUCAACAACCUCAGCAAGUUGAUAAUUAAUAACUGUCCAAAUUUGGAGAAGAGAUGUGAGAAAAAGAGAGGAGAAGACUGGCCUAAAAUAGCUCACAUCCAUAACAUUAUAAUCAACCAUGAAGAAAUCCAAUAAUACUUGGAUUGUUCAAAGGAUGACUACUUCAUAUGGUACUUUGAAUUUGAAAUACUAAGUCUAUGAGAAAUGAAGGGGGCUAUGAAGUCAUGAAGAAGGUAAUUGAAAAGCUUGGUCUGGGGCUUAAAGAACGCAUAGCAGCCCCUGGAGAAGGGGAUGAGCAGAGACUCACCGCGCGGCUCGAAACAGCUGACAUUAAUACUUUCAAGGUGUUGCUAAUUGAUGGGGCUUCCACUUGUGUUGGUUGCGGUGUGGAGAAAGAAGGAAAGGAGUCCUUUGAGGAUAGAAGGCAUGCUUCAAACAUGAAUCCAUAUCUUGUGGAAGCCAUGAGAAUGUCAAGCAAUCCUUCAUAUGAAAUAUUGUUUAUAUAUAGUAGUAGUAGUCUUUUCAAUAAACCACGGAAAGAUUUGUAUCAGUAGGAUAGAUAUCUUUCAAUUUGUUUCCCUUUGAAUUUGAGGCAGCAAGUGACCUUAUCGCUUUGCUUGCCUGCCUUAUGAUUCUGCAUGUUGUGUUGAAUAAUGUGAGGUUUAUUUCCAGUCAUUUUCAUGGAAGUCCAGCUUUCCGGUGCCUGGAGAUUGGUUAAGAA